UCAAAAAGGAAUCAAUUUUUACUUCACUUUUUAAUAUACUACUUUUGUUUUCAUUGUCCAAAUAAUAAUGGACGCCCUUUUUGCAAAGGGAAAGGAAUUUCUCAGUUCCAAAGAUGACAAAGAAAAUCCCGACCACCGUGACAAGGAAACCUCCGAUGAUGAUCACCGUGAAAAGAGAACUUCCGUCCACCGUGGUGGUGGCGCCAAGACAGCACACAAUGACACAGAAACUUCCGAUGAUGAUCACGGUGAAAAGAAAACUUCCGGCCUCCGUGCAGGUGGCAAGACCCCCGCACACAAUGACGAUACAGAAACUUCCGAUGACCACCAUGAAAAGAAAACUUCCGGCACCCGUGCAGGUGGCAAGACCGCCGCACACAAUGACGAUACAGAAACUUCCGAUGACCACCAUGAAAAGAAAACUUCCGGCACCCGUGCAGGUGGAAAGACCGCCGCCGCAAGCGGCGGUGCUGCUGCUCAUAAUCCCAACGAGCACAAAAAGCCAACAAACUCUGAGCUGAUGGCUAGCGCAAAGCUGAUAGCUGAUGCCGCACAAGCCAAAUUAGGUGGCGGUGGCGGUGGCGGCGCACAAAAAGAAUUUGACAAUGCAAAGCUUGCCGGAGCUGCCGCUGACAUUCUUAGCGCCGCCUCACAUUACGGGAAAUUUGGGGAAGAAGGAAUCGGAAAGUAUAUCGGACAAGCUGAAGAUUAUCUUCACGGUUAUGAGCUCAAAAAUUCCAAAGCCAACAAAGCUGCUGGCACCGGCACCGGUCCCACAUCCAAAAAAGGUUCUAGUACUGCAGCGCACAAGGACGACAAUUCCAGAAAUGAUGAUGAUGGGCACGGAGAGCAUAAACGGAUGCCAAAGAAACAAUCCGGUGAACAUUAUGACCAUGAACGUUCAGAGGAUCGUGAUCAUUCCGGAGGUGGACAUGGCGAACAUAUGAAGAAAGCUGAAGGGAGGUUGAAGAAAAAAUUUGGUGAUAACUCCGAACAUGAACGUUUAGAGGAAGAUGAUUAUCAUGCUGGAGGGUACGACGAGCAUACGACUAAGAGCAAAGGGAUGUCCAAGAAACAAUCUGGUGGUGACCAUGAACGUUCAGAGGAAGUUGAUGAUGAUGAUCACUCCGGAGGUGGGCACGGCGAACAUAUGAAAAAAGCUGAAGGGAGGUUGAAGAAAAAGUUUGGUGACAACUCCGAACAUGAACGUUCAGGAGGUGGAUAUGGCGAGUAUCUGAAAAAAGCUCAAGGAAUGCUUAAGAAAAAGUCCGGUGACGAUGAUGGUUCAGAGAAAGGUGACGGUGAAUCCGAGGGAGGGUACGGUGAGUAUAUCAAGAAAGCUCAAGGAAUGCUUAAGAAAAAGUCCGGUGACGAUGAUGGUUCAGAGAAAGGUGACGGUGAAUCCGAGGGAGGGUACGGUGAGUAUAUCAAGAAAGCUCAAGGAAUGCUUAAGAAAAAAUCAGGUGACGAAGAUGGUCCAGAGAAGGAUGAUGGAGAUUCCGGAGGUGGGUUCGGCGGGGUCAUGAAAGUGGCUCAAGGUAUGUUUAAAAAAGAUUCCAACGACGGCGAUCGUAGCCCCACCGGAGAUUCUACAGAUGAAGGUGAUAAAAAAGGAGACCUCUUUAAAAUGGCUGGAAGUUUCUUCAAGUAAUAAGAAUUAAAAAGCAUUUGAUCAAUUCUUCUCACUUCGUGGGAUUACGGUUAGUUUGCUAUUGUUGUAGCUAUAUAUAGUUCGAUAUCAAUUGUAAUAACGGAAACAUGUAUCGGGUGGCUCGGAGCUGCCAUGCAAUAAUAUAUGUCAAGUAGAAUAGAUCAAUGUACAAUUUUUGAUUA